AUGGUACUUUCAGUUAAAAGAGGAUCUUCUGUGAACACAGAUUUCGAUAAGGAGAAUCACCCUGUUUCGUUUCCCUCUCGCAAGAAGCACUGCCCGUUAUCCUCGAAUAAAGGCAGCUUGCUCUACAUCCGUAGUUGCCAAAACUCAUCGAGUGAAGAUGAGUCCUCUGAAGACGAAGCUUCGCGAAAGCCAACAACUCUCAAAGAUAGAAACAGGCUAAGAAAUAAAAGAAGGAGUCACAGAGAGCUUCUGAAAAACUCUCUGUCAUCAACCAUGAUGGAUUCAAAGUUAUCGAAAGCUGUUAGUCAAUACAGUGAUGACGAGCAAGAAGAGAAACGUGAUAAGAAGGAGGAUUCCUCUGAGAAUACCGCAGGUCACAAUUCUUUCAGUAGAAGAAGCUCGACAGUUUCUUCUCCUCUCAAUGUAACUCAGUCACCGUCUCUCGAUAUGAGUCCAAAGUCAAGACGGUGUCUUCCAGAAUCUGAUUUUGCAGCAAGAAGUCGUUGUUUUGAAUAUCUUGUUGGUGCUAUUGAUGAAGCAUGGGCAAGAUAUUGUGAUGCCACUGCAGUUGAUGAGGAUGAAGUGUAUGGAUUUGACGGCGGAAAUGGUAUUCCGCAAACUCCUACGUCGAUUGCAAUUACCUCUGACGAUGAAGAAGGUUAUAAGUCUGAAAUUUCCACGAACACAAACAUUACAGAAUAUGAAAGCGAUUAUCCCGCCGAAGUCCCAAAAUCGACAACUCGUCGCGUAUCUGAAGUUCCUGAAAAUGUUCGUUUGCAGCAAUUGAAGGAUAGACUUAUCAAGACGAAAUACUAUCUGCAGGACUACGUUGACUCAGACGAUAUCAAUGAGUGUUUACUUUUUUGGAAAAAGUGGGAUUUAAUCAAAUAUGCUACCAUUGAGUUGGUUGAAGAUGACGAUGACGAUGAGGUCAUCGAGUCUACUAUCGAUGAACUCGAGAGUGGACGAUAUGUUUCUUCCAUCGGUGCAUAA